UCAAGGGUCUGGAUCCAUGGUUUCUCUUGGUCGCGGCGAAUGUUGUUUGCUUCCAUUGUUGUACAUGUGAUACUAGGUACAUGACUUUCGCAGUUUUUGAUUGUUUUUUUCGUGUUCUUCGAUUUCGUAUCUCGGUGCUUACUAAGUAAAAUUUGAGGAAUUUUUUGUUGCAUUAUUAUCAAUUUGCAUGGGCUACUGUAGUGCGAGCAAAGACUUCGCUGGUCGUGUGCAAAGGAUGUCAGAGGGGACCGAACCUAUACGUGCCACAUCGUCAUCCGGGAAGAUGAAUGCGAAGGGGGAUAUAAUCGAGGGUGGUGUAGAGGAGGAAGAAGAGGAAGAACCAACAAGCCCUACUUCGUCCAUGAUCAUCGACAAGCACAUGGCAGCCGUUGUGUUACACAAAGACCAAGGCAAUGAGCUGUUUCGGCAGAAGGACUACCGAAAGGCGCUGGGGCAAUAUCAUCGUGCGCUCUUGUAUUUGCGCGCGAUGGACGAUCCAGACGCCAAGAAGAAAGAAUCGGACUUCGGCCUCGCACUGGCGUCGCAGGGAUCUCAGUCCAGCGCAAUACCGGAAUCCAGGCGUCCCGAGAUCCGGACAAUGGGGGUCGCUACCCGUGUGAACAUGAUGAACUGCUUCUUGAAUCUGGCAGAACAAGCUAGAAAGGGGGACUCCGCGGGCACAAACGAAACGAAGACGGAGAUCACACGGUUGCUAGAGCGUUGUGUCACAGAGGGGAAAACAGCUAUCAACCUGCUUGAUCACUUCCGAGGUAUCGGAAAUCCAAUCGAAUUUAUGAGAGCAUGCACAAACGUCUUGUCUAGCUUACGCUCGCAACACAAAAAAAACGUCUGAGGCUGUAAUUAUAAUAUACAAGUAGAGAAUAGUUUGAUUUUUUGAGACCACCUCCCUGUCUUGGGUUGCUUUUUAUUGCCGUUUUCAUGAAGAUGCUUGGUCGUGACCACAGGAGGUGCGUCGACGUUUCCAAGAAUUACAGUUAAAUUUACUUCUUCUAUUCGGUGCUAUCAGGCACAGCGUGAUAUGGUUCAUCUCCAUUGGCUACUUGAUAAUUGAAAGAAAAAGAUUCUCGUCCUUGGUCUACUCUCUUUGCAUCCACGCAUUAGCAACUUGGACGCACACAUGACAUCUACUCUCUUUCUCUCGUCUACUUCUCUUCAUGAUGUACAACGCAGCAAAAGCCCACUGGAAGCUCGCGCAGGCUUAUCAAGAGCAGGAAAAAUUCGAGUUGGCGAAAGAGCAAUUCACAAAAGCAGGAGAACACGGCCAGGACGCCCGCAAGGCGUUGCAAGAGUUAGAACGGGUCCGAAAGGUGUACGAGAAGGCGGAAGCACAAAGGCUGAAAGCAGUAUUUGCCGGGAAGCUCUUGUGAAACACGUACAAAUUCUCCACCGUCGCACAAAUUGUUUUGUCUUGCCAAUGAUCUUGUGCGGUCAUUUGGGACGCAAUGAUGAUGGUAGCUAAGCCGAGCGAGAGGAGGAGAAGCAGGAGGUAGCAGGAAGUCUCAAGUAGGUGUAGGGGAGGAAGCAGAAGAAUGGUUUUGCUGGAGGUGGAGCAACUACUUCAUACUUUCGCUCCUUCGGAUCAACAAUCACAUUUUGAGCAUAAGCGCAAGUGACCCGUAUCGUUUUAGCACAAGCGCUGAGCAGGAAUCAUGAUAGAAAAAUUUCAGGAGCAUAAAAAAACCAAGAUUCAAGAUCAUUAGCGCAGUUCCUAGAAAUAUGGGCGAACUUUGAAAGGAAGGACGAGAAAAUGUGAAACCUACUCUGGAAGUGAAUCAAGGUAACAGUGAGCUGGAAAGAGAGGCAGGCGCAUCAAGGUGGCCUUCUUGUUCAGAAGGGACUUACCUGCUAGAGGAAGUUCCUACAACGCAGCGGCCAGAUGAUCAUGAGGCAGAAGAGCAGUAAGAUGCUCCGGUUUUUUAAUCGAACACAAAAAAUCCUACCGCUGAAGCAGGAGACGGCCUUCAAAAAUCAGAAGUAAUCCUUGCGAUUCGUCGUGCUGUAAAAUCAGAAGUACUCCGCGAACUAGAUUGAGAGUGAAGUCACUCAGUUUUCAGUGGCAAAUAAAAGGUUUUGACAUCGCCCUUUGGAUGAUGAUUAGGAUGAAGAUGGUGAUGGUCUCCAGGACUAGCCGGAUGAUGGAGAUUCACGACUUUUAUCGGUUUUGCGCAGGACUAGUAACGAUGAAAUCUUCGCUCUCGGCUACAUCAGAUGUACUGGUGCGAAAUACUGCGAUUCGUCUUCAGCGGUCUAGGAUCUUUCAGGCAGUGAAUUUAAUGCGACCAAGAUGAUCAAGGCUCAGAAAGCACCGCUUGGAUCUGAAAGCUAGUCAAGGGCGUCAAGGAUGUAGGGAGGACGAAUGUGGAUAGAUCCAGGAAGUAGAGUAGGAAGUAGGUGACUGGUUCCAGGAAAUAGAAUAGGAUGGAUGAGGGAAGGUUUCCUGGUGGGUAUUCAUCGAUAGGCAGGCCAGAGAUUUUGAGCAUCCAGUAAAUCCUUCUUUCUACAACUUUCUUAGCCAGGAUUUGAGGUUGAUGAUUUAGCCAGGAUUUGAGGUUAAUGGUCCAGCGAACAUUAUAUAUGAUCCAGGGCUCAGGGCUACGGUACCGCCUCCCCCUAGCGCAGGGAGGAGGGUACCGGUAGCCCCGGACCCUUUCGGGAGCCG